UCUGAGUACGAUAGCGCGGAGACUCCCGCUACUCCAGUCGCUAUCGAUCCAGAUGCGGUCAUGACUGACUCACUCAAGGCUCUUCAGAGCGAUGACCAGCGAAAAGUCAUGGAUAUUGUGGAUAAGCUCCGCCGUACCGGCCUCAGUGGUAUUGUAGAGCUUCCUCAGAUUGUGGUCUGCGGAGAUCAGAGUUCCGGAAAGAGCUCCGUCCUCGAGGCUAUUACUGAAAUCCCGUUUCCCCGCAAAGAGAACCUUUGCACUAGGUUUGCGACUGAAAUUGUCUUGCGACGUUCUCCGUCAUCGACAAUCAGGAUUACGAUCACACCAGACAAGCUUCGUCCCAAGCUAGAGCAGGUCAAGCUGAGGUCUUUCUCUAGGUCUAUUGAGGACUUCUCGCAGCUUCCUGAUAUAAUCGAAGAUUCUACUCAGGUUAUGGGACUUGGUAAGGUUGGCCAAAUCAACUCAAGAGCCUUCUCUAGAGAUGUCUUGUCUGUUGAGAUUUGUGGACCUGACCGUCCCCAGUUGACCUUGGUCGAUCUUCCUGGUCUCAUUCACGCUGCGAACAAGGCUCAGACAGAGGCCGACAAGGAUUUGAUCUUGGACAUUGUCAAGGAAUACAUGAAAAACCCGCGUACCAUCAUUCUAGCGGUAAUAUCUGCCAAGAAUGACUACGCAAACCAGAUCAUCCUCAGCUACUGCCAGCAGAUUGAUGCUAAAGGACGUCGUACUUUAGGCAUAGUCACCAAGCCCGACUUCCUCCGUGCAGGCUCCGACAAUGAAGGAAGCUGGAUCGAUCUUGUACAAAACAAGGAUAUCUACCUCGAGCGCGGAUGGCACAUGCUCAAGAAUCGUGCAGACAAUGAGAUGGGAUUCUCCUUCGCGCAGCGUAAUGAAUCGGAGACCGUCUUCUUCAGCAGAGGCCGAUAUGUUGAUCUGCCACGCGAGUGCGUCGGCAUUGAUUCUCUUCGUGAGCGCCUUAGCAAGCUUCUCUUGAAUCAUCUGAUCAAGGAGCUUCCGUCUCUCAGAGAAGAGAUGAGUAUGAAACUGCAGACCACGACAGACGAUAUCAGCAAUCUCGGCGAAAAGCGUUCUACUUUAUCUGAACAGAAGAUGAUGCUCAUGAAGAUGAGUAUGCGCAUCAACGACAUCUUGAAGUCUGCCGUAAAGGGCCAUUACGAUAACGAAUUCUUCGGCGCCAUGGACAAGAAGGCUGCUGUCGAUUCGACCACGAAUCUUCGCCGUCUCCGCGCCGCCAUUCAGUACCUGAAUCUUCGAUUUGCGGAGAACAUGCGCCUGCGAGGUCAUAAACACGCCAUUGGAGCCGGUCCUGGUGACGCAGACUUCGAUAUUGCAGAGGCUGAGAAAGCAGAGGAGGAUCUUGAUGCUCAGGGUGGUGGAGAUUCGAUCUUGCUGCCAACGCCCAAGAAACUCAGUCGUAAAGAGGGAAUUGCCUGGGUCCAAACCGUUUUAGAGAGAUCUCGUGGAUCCGAGCUGCCAGGUAACUUCAAUCCGCAACUAAUCAGCCAGUUGUUCUGGGAGCAAUCCGCCCCCUGGAAAGAGAUUGCAGAGGACCAUAUUGCCAAAGUCGCCCGCGUUUGUAAGGAGUUUAUAUACACGGUUCUUCGGCACACCGCACCUACAGAGUUUCAAGGCCGGCUUACCAACUUGAUUGUCGAUGCUGCCCUCGCUCAGUCCUUGCAGGAAUGCAAAGAGGAGUUGGCCAAGGUCCUCACCUCAAAGUCGCGCCACCCAAUGACCUAUAAUCAUUACUUCACGACAACUUUGCAGAAGCAACGCAAGAUGAAGCAUUCUAAGGUUAAUGAGAAGGCGCGCGAAGCGUCCUUGAUCUCCAUCCCUGUCAAUGGCGCGAUUACGACCCGCAAAGUCAUUGAUCCGAACAUGAUGGAGAAAGCCCUGGAAGCCUCGAUCCAGCUGGACAUGGACAAGUUCUCGUCCGAGGAAGCCCUAGACAGCUGUCGCGCAUACUACAAGGACGAGAUGAAGUUCUUCAUCAACUGCGUCGCUAAGCAUGUCAUCGAACGUCAUCUCGUUGAGACACUGCCAGAGAAGAUACUCUCUCCUCUUGUGGUUCACCAACUUACUGAUAAAGAGAUCGAAUUCAUUGCUGCGGAGCCCCCUGAGACGACGCAGCAGCGGAAUCAUCUAGAGAAUCGAAAGGCUAUGCUCGAGAAGGGCAUAGAGACCUUUCGCGAAGCCAUGGGUGGGAUUAAGCACGAAUAGGGAUGAGGUUAGAACAAAAAUGACCCUAUAGUUAGGUAACUAGGACGGGUUCUGAUGUAUAAAAACAGACUGGAUGGUAAUAUAAGUCCUAGUGUUGACAAAUGGAACCAGUUUCUUGCUGGAAACCCUAUCUUUCACGCUCCUAUGACGAUGUUGCGAGGACUGCCAUGCUGCAC